UCUCUGUCCACCCAACCACAUUACCAGAAGAGUUCUCCUUUUAGCUACCACUCUUUUAUUUCCUCUCCUUAGUUACCUGAGGUCGAGGGUUCAAAUUUCGUUAAAUAUAGGAGGGUUGUGUGAGUUUACUCGAUCAAGAAUCUAAAUACAUGACCCUUUACAGUCAAGAAUAAUUUUUUUUUUUGCAAUAUGGGAACGGGCAUAGGAUGUGAGCACAAAAAUCUGAUGAAUAUUGAGCUGAAACAAGGUCAGGAGCUAGCUAAUCAGCUCAAAGAACAACUAUGCAGCCCAAAGAGAUCAAAGGAAACUUGUGAAAUUCUAGUGGCAACAAUACUAUCUUCAUUCGAAAAAUCUCUGUCGAUACUGAAGUCUAGUGCUUUAAAAUUACAAGAUGAUAGUAUGCUGAACUCUCUUCAUUCUUCCCCUGGUGAUGCUAGUCCAAGAAGUGAGAUGCCUGAUGAACCCCGCAAAAAUGUGUUUAAAAAGAGAAAGGCAAUGACACAAUGGAGUGAACAAGUUCAGGUUCCCUUUGGGCCAGGAAUUGAAGGUCCUGUUGGUGAUGAAUAUAGCUGGAGAAAGUAUGGGCAGAAGAAUAUUUUAGGAGCCACUUUUCCACGGGCUUACUAUCGAUGCACCUAUCGGAAUUCACAAGGCUGUUUGGCUACAAAGCAAGUUCAAAGAUCAGAUGAAAGUUUAUCACUUCAAGUAAUUUAUAAAGGAAGGCACACUUGCAAAAAAGGUUCAGAAUCAAGUGCAGGAUCAGCAUCAUGUGGAAACCAAGAGAAAAGGCACAAAAUUCAGAAACAAAAUGUAGAAAAUACCAUUAAUUUCGGAACGUGUGACAAAACUGAAGAACUGGGGAGAUGUAUUCAAGUUGAGAGAAUGCCUUCUUUCUCCUUCCCUUCUACUAAUCAUUUCUGUCCUGAGGAUACAAGGGAAUAUAGUUUCAUCGACAGUAGAUAUUUACCAUCACUUGUAAACCAGGAAACAUCAGAAUGCAGCUAUCCAUCAUUGUCACCAUACCACAACAUGAACAACUUUGAAAUUGGCCAGAAUUUGGGAAGCUCAGUAUCAAGUCUUGCUGAAAUAUUAUCAACUCCAAACUCAGUCACCAAUUCUCCUGUCUGCAAUUUUGAUCUGUUAAUUGAUCCAGUGGACUUUGAUCCCAAUUUCCCUCUCGACAUUCUUGAAUUUUUCAGUUAGUACCAUAUCAUUGAUCUGUAAAUGUGGUCAAGUCAUUAAGUGUAUUGUGUAGUUAGCUAGUCAUCUGGAAGAUAUUUAGUGGUCACAGGAAUUUAUUCCAAAUUCAAGUGAAUUGAAUCAUGUAAAUCUUGCUUCCUAUUCUGCAUAUCUGCAGAAUUUGGUUGUUUAUUGUAUGGUUCUUUCCCUAAUGCAAAAUAAAUUAAAAUGAAGCACUUGUUUCUUAAAAGUAA